AUGUCAACAUCACAAGAAUUAUACACCUCACUUGGAAGGCGGCCUCCCCAGCAACCGUUGAAUGACAAAAUGAGACAUGGGUUUGAAGUUGAUUACAAUUCUGAAAAAUUCUUAAAUUCCUUAGCAAAUACUUUUUACAUAUAUUUCGAUGACAAACGUCAAAAUACAAACGGAAAUCCAUUAACAGAAGAAAUGAAGCAGUCGGCUGAACUCUUUAAAAAUUAUCAACCUAUAUCCGACUGGAAAGUUAUGAAAGAACGGCAAAAGACCAUCAAUGCAAUUUUAGUGCUAUGCUUAAAUUUGGGUGUGGCACCACCAGAUGUAAUGAAGCCAUCGCCAUGUGCAAGAUUUGAAUCUUGGUGUGAUCCAUCCACUUUUAAUGAUACCAAGAAAGCAAUAGAGAAUAUUGGGAAAAAUCUUCAGACACAAUACGAAAAUAUUUCAUCAAAAACGAGAUACCGUCAGUCGUUGGACCCCUGUGUUGAGGACGUAAAGAGGUUUUGCAAUACUCAAAGAAGAAAUGCCAAAGAUGAAAGGAUUUUGUUUCACUAUAACGGCCAUGGUGUACCUAAGCCAACUGCUAGUGGAGAAAUAUGGGUGUUCAAUAGAAAUUACACUCAGUACAUUCCUAUAUCAUUGUAUGAUUUGCAGACAUGGCUAGGAGCACCCGUAAUAUUUGUCUAUGACUGUAAUAGUGCUGGGAAUAUAGUGCAUAAUUUCAAAAAGUUUGUUCAAAAGCGCAUAGAUGACGAUAACGACGGGAACCACGAUCAAAGUGCACCUUCGCCUACUUCGGCCUAUCUUGAUUGCAUACAGUUGGCAGCUUGUAAAAGUAACGAAUUGUUACCGAUGAGUCCUGAUUUACCAGCUGAUUUGUUUACAUGCUGUUUAACAAGCCCCAUAGACAUAAGUAUAAGGUGGUUUAUCAUUCAAAGCUCGUUGAAAAAAGGGUACUAUGAUGCAUUACCUAGAAAUUCAAUAGGUAAUAUUAUUAUUCCUGGUAAUUUGAAUGAUCGAAGAACCCCAUUAGGAGAGUUGAAUUGGAUAUUUACCGCUAUUACAGAUACAAUUGCAUGGACUUCUUUGACUAGACCCAUCUUUAAACGUUUAUUCAGACAAGAUUUGAUGGUUGCUGCAUUGUUCAGAAAUUUUUUAUUGGCUAAAAGAAUUAUGCCACAUUUGAAUUGUAAUCCAAUCAGUGAUCCACCGUUGCCAGAUGCAGUUAGGUUUCACCCAAUUUGGGACUCUUGGGAUUUAGCUAUAGACCAAGUUCUUUCCAGAUUAUUGAAAAGCGCCAAAGAAACAACUACCUUACCUCUUGCAGGCAACAACCAAAAUGGUGGUGCCGCUAAAGGUGAUUCUGUGUCUUCUGUGCAGCAACAAGCCAAUGGAUCUCAAACCACGGCAUUAUUUCCAAAUUUAGGUAAUGUUCAGUACACUACAUUCUUUGAACAGCAAUUGACGGCUUUUGAGAUUUGGCUUAAAUUUGAAGGUCCAUCAUCAAAAACGCCACCUGAACAAUUACCAAUUGUUUUGCAAGUAUUAUUAUCGCAAGUGCAUAGGUUGAGAGCUCUAAUUCUAUUGUCACAGUUUUUGGAUCUUGGCCCGUGGGCAGUCUACUUAUCAUUGUCCAUUGGUAUCUUCCCCUAUGUUUUGCGUUUAUUGCAGAGCCCUGCACAAGAAUUAAAACCUGUGUUGAUUUUUAUUUGGGCAAGAAUAAUGGCAGUUGAUUACAAGGGUACCCAACAAGAGUUGUGCAAAGAUAAGGGAUACAAUUAUUUUUACUCAAUACUAAAUUCACCCCCAAUAAAUCACGUGGGUGUGAAUGGUAAUGCGAUUGUUAGUUCAGGUGCUAUGUUGAUUAACGAUGAUCAUAAAGCAAUGAGUGCAUUUAUUUUGACUUUGUUCAUCAAGGACUUUAAAAACGGGCAAAGGUUGUGUUUUUCUUCGGAGAUUGUUACCAAUUGUUUAAAAUUUAUACAAACUAGUGAUAAUCCAUUACUUAGACAAUGGUGUAAUCUAUUAUUAUCGCAGUUGUGGAAUAGAUAUCCUGAAGGUAAAUGGGUAAUUUAUAAAAACAAUUAUAUCACUAAAUUAUUGAACUUGAUUGACGACCCGAUACCUGAAGUGAGGACGUCAAUUCUUGUUGCUUUGACCACUUAUCUUUCGGACCCACCUCAUUUGGCUUCUCAGCAACCACCUAACCCUGUUGCUGUAAACACUAAUGAUUUAAGAAAAGACGAAAUUAGACAGCAAGAUUUGAAAUUAGCCAAUGCUGUGCUUGGUCUCUUGGGUGAUGGCUCGCCUAUUGUGCGAAAAGAGUUGGUGUAUUUCAUCAAUAAAUUUGUCCAAACAUAUGCAAAGUUUUUCCUAGUCGUUGCAUUCAAUCAAUUGCAAGAAGAAAUUGUAUUAAUCGAGAACCCCAAUUAUUUAAAUGAUUUCAGGAAAAGAUCCCCUGCAUAUGGAUCAAUAUUUAGUUCAGUCUGGAAGGCAUUGUUGAUUUUGUCAGAGGAUCCACAUUGUGAGGUGAAGCAAUUGGCGGAAACUUUGAUAGACUAUGUUAUGGUUCAGUUGAAUGAAAGUGAGUUGUCAAGUUUGGUGAAAGAAAUGCAAGAUUAUUUAUUAAGCAAGUCAACAAUUAAUAUCAGUGAAAGCUUCAAGCCAACCAAGCCAGUUGUUAAUAGGCAGUUGGGUGAAAACCGAUUAUCCUCAAGUGCUUCCGUUGGUAAUAGACGAAAUACCUUGUUAAUCGAUGGAUCUUCACUAACAACCAGAUCAGCUUCUGCUAAUAAUAUCAGUAGUAACCAUACUAAAGGUAAUAUGGAUGAUUCAGACGCUGAGUCAAUUACAUCAAGGAUUAAAAGUUUGUCCGUUUCAAAACUUUUCAAAAGUUUCCACAUUACAGAAGAAAACGACAUGAAUAGUUUCACAAGAAUCUUGAAUCCAGGGCCCGUUCAAUCAAAUUAUGGAAGUGAGUAUAUACCGAAAACCGCAUUUUUUAAAAAGAGAGAUUUGUCAAAGGCUCCUGAGUUGCCAAUUGAAUCGGGGUUUUUUGAGUAUAGUUGUGAAUAUUUCCAGGAACCACAAAUGUCGAGAAAUGAAAUUGAUGAGCCAGGCUCCAAGGAAUAUGUGAAGCGUUUGUGGAGAAGAAAUAGAAAUGAAUCUAUUAUUCAAGAAACGCAACCACAGAAGGAGAUGGCGUUAAGGGGUGAAUGGAAUAAAGAUAUCCAGAUUCUUAACAAUAUAACACAACCAAAAUGUAUAAAAUUUACCCAAUUUGAAAAAAUUUUAGUUGCAAGUGACGAAAAGGAUAAUAUGACAGUUUGGGAUUGGGGAAAUGGUCAAGUUGUUAAAAAGUUUUCAAAUGGUAAUCCUUUUGGUACAAAAAUCACCGAUAUAAAGUUCUUAAAUGAGGAUGAUUUGCCGUUAUUGUUGACUGGUUCAUCUGAUGGUGUGAUUAAAAUUUAUAAGAACUUCCAUAAUUAUGAGAAUAGUAACUCCAGUGACAAAGAUGAAGAUGGCUUUGAUGAGGAAAAACGAGUAGAGCUAGUUACUGGAUGGAGAGCAUUGACUGAUCUAUUGUUGACUUCGAAAAGUACAGGUUUGGUGUCGGAAUGGCAGCAAUCAAGAGGUUCAUUGUUGGUAAGUGGUGACGUCAAGAUCAUCAGAAUAUGGGAUGCUCCGCGUGAGUUGUGUUUACUGGAUAUUCCAGCGAGAUCCUCGUCUUCAAUCACGUCAUUGACUUCCGAUCAAGUGGCCGGGGAUAUUUUUAUUGCUGGCUUUGAUGAUGGCAGUAUUAGAGUUUAUGAUACCAGAUUAGACUCUCGUGAAUCCAUGGUCAUGACAUGGAAACCAACCAAACAACACCCUGGUUUACAACAAUCAAACUAUACAGGUUUAGGGUCUAUUAGAAACGUGCAUAUGCAGCGAGGCGGGUUUAGGGAGUUGAUAAGUGGUUCCUCAGAUGGGAUUGUAAACAUAUGGGAUCUCAGAUUACAUGACCCUGUGAUGACCUAUGCCACCCCAAACAAAUCCAUGCGAACUAUGGAUGUCCACGAACAUGCACCUAUCUUGAUGACAGGUCUCAAAACUGUUGAUAUAUGGUCAACAGCAGGUGAAUGCUUAACAACAUUAAAUAAUCCGAAUGGAUUCUCUGGAAGAUCACUUAAUUAUUUGUCCAGUACUACAUUCCACCCUCAUAGAAUGAUGCUUGCAACGAACUAUAACCAAAAUGGCCAUAUAAAUCUAUAUACAUGUAAUGAUACUGUUGUUGAAUACUGA